AGGCGGCGGCCGUUGUGCUCGCCCAGGAUGCCCGCGCAGGCGCAUUGCGACGGGUCGCGACAGAGGAGCCGCUUGAAGGUCUUUCUGCCUGGCUGCUUCCUUCUCCGCUGAGCUGGAGCGCGGCCGCUCGAGCAGAGUUUUCUGAGUGGCAAACAUAUUUGUUAACCCUGGCGUUUAUAGAAAAAGAUGAAAGAUAUCGAUCUAGGAAAAGAGUACGUUAUACCCAGUCCUGGAUAUAGAAAUAUCAGGGAGAGAAACAGCCUGAAUCAACGUGAAGGACAAGAUGGGAUCAAGUUCCGGCAAGAUAAAUACAAGCAGGUGGAAUGCCAAGACGCCUUGGAAACAGCUGCACGGGCAGAAGGCCUGCCUUUGGAGAGCUCAACAGAUUCUCACUUACGAGUGUUGGAUGAAGACCAUCCCAAAGGGAAAUAUCAUUAUGGCCUGAAUCUGAUGAAGCCCAUCCGGACUACUUCCAAGCAUCGGCACCCAACUGACAAUGCUGGCUUGUUUUCCUAUAUGACAUUUUCUUGGCUUACUCCUUUGGCACGAAUAGCCUACAAGAAAGGAGAACUGCUGACUGAAGAUGUGUGGCCCUUGUCGACUCAUGAGUCUUCAGAGGUUAACUGUAGAAGGUUGGAAAGACUGUGGCACCAAGAGCUGCAUGACUCUGGGCCAGACGAUGCCUCCCUCCGAAGGGUUGUGUGGGUCUUCUGUCGCACUAGGCUCAUCAUUUCCAUAGUGUGUUUAAUGGUCACACAACUUGCCGGCUUCAGUGGACCAGCAUUUGUGGUGAAACAUCUCCUUGAAUACACUCAGCAGACGGAGCCCAACCUGCAGUACAGCCUGUUGUUAAUUUUGGGCCUCUUAAUGACGGAAAUAGUGCGUUCCUGGUCUCUGGCUUUAACAUGGGCUUUAAACUAUCGCACGGGGGUCAGGCUACGUGGAGCUAUCCUUACGAUGGCUUUCAAGAAAAUACUCAGAUUGAAAAACAUCAAGGAGAAGUCUUUGGGCGAGCUCAUAAAUGUAUGCUCCAAUGAUGGCCAGAGAAUGUUUGAAGCUGCAGCUGUGGGCAGCUUGUUGGCUGGAGGUCCUAUAGUUGCCAUUCUUGGCAUGGUUUACAAUGUUGUUAUUCUUGGACCAACGGGCUUCUUGGGUUCAGCUGUUUUCAUUCUCUUCUACCCAGCAAUGAUGUUUGCAUCCCGCCUUACAGCUUAUUUCAGAAGGAAGUGUGUGUCUGCAACUGAUGAGCGUGUCCAGAAAAUGAAUGAAGUGCUUAACUAUAUUAAAUUCAUCAAAAUGUAUGCUUGGGUGAAAGCCUUCUCCCAAACUGUUCAAAAAAUCAGAGAGGAAGAACGCAAAAUUUUGGAGCGUGCAGGAUACUUCCAGAGUAUCACUGUGGGAGUGGCACCCAUCGUUGUGGUCAUAGCUAGUGUGGUGACCUUCUCCGUUCAUAUGAUCCUGGGCUAUGAUCUCACAGCAGCUCAGGCUUUCACAGUGGUGACAGUGUUCAAUUCCAUGACCUUUGCUUUGAAAGUCACUCCGUUUUCUGUGAAGUCCUUGUCUGAAGCAUCCGUUGCGGCUGACAGAUUUAAAAGUUUGUUGCUAAUGGAAGAGGUUCAUAUGGUAAAGAAAAAACCAGCCAGUCCUCACGCAGCCAUAGAGGUGAAAAAUGCCACCUUAGCCUGGGAGUCCUCCCAUGCUAGUGUCCAGAGCUCACCCAAGAUGACCCCUAAAAUGAAAAAAGGCAAGACGGCCAUCGGCAGGAAAGAGAAGGUGAAGCUGCAGCAGCACGAGGGGCGGCAGACCACGUUCACUGAGCAGAAAGGCCACCUUUUAGUGGAUAGCGAUGACCCCCCAAGUCCCGAGGAGGAGAACCAGCGCGUCCAGCUUGCGAAUGUCCGGCUGCAGAGGGUUCUUUACAGUAUUGACCUGGACAUAGAGAAGGGGAAACUUGUUGGGAUAUGUGGCAGCGUGGGGAGUGGAAAAACCUCACUCAUCUCAGCCAUUUUGGGACAGAUGACUUUAUUGGAAGGCAGCAUUUCCGUGGAUGGCACGUUUGCCUAUGUGGCCCAGCAGGCCUGGAUUCUCAAUGCCACGCUUAGAGACAACAUCCUUUUUGGAAAGGAGUUUGAGGAGGAAAGGUACAAUAUGGUGUUGAAUGAUUGCUGUCUCCGACCUGAUCUGGCUAUCCUGCCAAACGGGGAUCUGACUGAGAUUGGUGAGCGGGGUGCAAACUUGAGUGGGGGACAGCGCCAGCGGAUCAGCCUUGCCCGUGCGCUGUACAGUGACAAGAGUAUCUUCAUCCUUGACGAUCCUCUCAGUGCCUUGGACGCCCACGUUGGAAACCACAUCUUCAACAGUGCGAUCCGGAAGCACCUGAAGUCCAGAACAGUUCUUUUUAUUACACACCAGCUCCAGUAUCUUGUGGAUUGUGAUGAAGUGAUUUUCAUGAAAGAAGGUUGUAUCACCGAGAGGGGAAGCCAUGAAGACCUGAUGAAUCUCAACAGCGACUAUGCAGCCAUUUUCAAUAGCUUGCAGCUGGGGGAGACACCACACAUUGAGGUUAACUUAAAGAAGACUGCAAAUAGUUCAUUGAAAAGACACCCGGAGAAAGGCACCAAAACAGGAUCUGUGAAGAAAGAGAAAGUAGUCAAGAAGGAAGAAGGUACAGUUCAGCUAAUGCAACUGGAAGAGAAAGGCAAAGGUUCUGUCCCCUGGUCGGUUUACGGGGUCUACAUCCAAGCAGCUGGAGGUCCAGUUGCUUUCCUGACCAUCAUGGCGCUCUUUAUAUUGAAUGUGGGCAGUACUGCCUUCAGCAACUGGUGGCUGAGCUACUGGAUCAAACAAGGCAGUGGGAACACUACUUUGAUGCUGGGGAAUGAAACCGUGGUGAGCAACAGUAUGAAGGAUAACCCUCAUAUGCGUUACUAUGCUGGCAUUUAUGCACUCUCAAUGGGCAUCAUGCUGAUUCUGAAGGCUGUUCGUGGGGUUGUCUUUGUCAAGGGGACGUUAAGGGCCUCAUCCAGGCUGCAUGAUGAGCUCUUCCGGCGGAUUCUUCGUAGCCCAAUGAAAUUUUUCGACACCACACCUACAGGGCGUAUUCUCAACAGAUUCUCCAAAGAUAUGGAUGAAGUUGAUGUCCGCCUGCCAUUUCAAGCUGAAAUGUUCAUACAGAAUGUCAUCCUGGUGUUCUUCUGCGUGGGAGUGAUCUCUGGUGUCUUUCCAUGGUUCCUAAUGGCAGUGGGGCCUCUUGUGGUCCUUUUUACCAUUCUUCAUGUUGUAUCCAGAGUCUUCAUUCGGGAGUUGAAACGGCUGGACAACAUCACACAGUCUCCAUUCCUCUCACACAUCACGUCGAGCAUUCAAGGUCUCUCCACCAUCCAUGCCUACAAUAAAGGAGAGGAAUUCCUGUUCAAAUACCAACAACUGCUGGAUGAUAAUCAGGCGCCGUUCUACUUGUUCAGCUGUGCAAUGCGCUGGCUGGCUGUCAGACUGGAUGUUGUCAGCAUUGCCCUCAUUACAACCACCGGCUUGAUGAUAGUCUUAAUGCACGGCCAGAUCCCGCCGGCUUACGCUGGGCUUGCCAUCUCUUACGGUGUUCAGUUAACGGGGCUGUUCCAGUUUACAGUCAGGCUGGCCUCAGAGACCGAGGCCCGCUUUACUUCUGUGGAGAGGAUUGACCAUUACAUCAAGACUCUUUCCCUGGAGGCCCCAGCUCGGAUCAAGAAUAAGGCUCCUCCUCCAGACUGGCCCCACGAAGGAGAAAUUAUCUUUGAAAAUGCAGAAAUGCGGUAUCGCGAGAGCCUGCCACUUGUCCUCAAAAAAGUAUGCUUCACCAUCAAACCCAAGGAGAAGAUUGGAAUCGUGGGGAGGACGGGCUCAGGAAAAUCCUCUUUAGGAAUGGCUCUGUUUCGCUUGGUGGAACUCUCAGGAGGCUGCAUUAAAAUCGAUGGAGUGAAAAUCAGUGACAUUGGCUUGGCAGAUCUUCGGAGCAAACUUUCCAUAAUUCCCCAAGAGCCAGUCCUCUUCAGUGGCACUGUGAGAUCUAAUUUGGAUCCUUUCACACAGUACAGUGAAGAGCAAAUCUGGGAGGCUUUGGAAAGGACUCACAUGAAAGACUGUAUUUCUCAGCUGCCCAUGAAACUUGAAUCUGAAGUGAUGGAAAAUGGUGAAAAUUUCUCCGUUGGGGAGAGGCAGUUGCUUUGCAUUGCCAGAGCCUUGUUGCGUCGUUGUAAGAUCUUGAUCCUGGAUGAAGCAACAGCUGCUAUGGACACCGAGACCGAUUUACUGAUCCAAGAGACUAUCAGAGAAGCCUUUGCAGACUGCACAAUGCUGACAAUCGCUCAUCGUCUGCAUACAGUUCUGGGCUCUGAUCGGAUUAUGGUACUGAUGCAAGGACAGGUGAUGGAAUUUGAUACUCCAUCCAAUCUUCUGUCCAAUGAGAAUUCCCGCUUCUAUGCCAUGUUUGCUGCUGCAGAAAAUAAGGUUGCUGUAAAGGGCUAAAAUUCAGGGCAAAGUCACUUUAAUACGGAGUGUAAUUCUUCUCUGCCUGUGGCAGGGGGUUCCUCCUCCUCCAUUUCCAUGUCUUUCAAGCAGGUUGUCUUUUCACCUUUAAUUUUUUAGGAUCGUGGGUCAAGGCUGAGUUCUUUUUUUAAGAAAAAAAGUACUGUAAGGAGAAUUCUUUAUGGUUUUAUUAUGGUAUUUAUUUCAUAUUCUUCUUACUAAUUUUUGCUAUUAAAUGCACUCUACAGAAUGGCUCAGGGAGCCAUGUUAUAAAUGUAUCCAGAGGCCUAUAUUGAAGCUUUAUACACGUAGCUAUAUCUAUACAGAAUUCUGUACAUAGCCUAUAUUUACAGUGGAAAUGUAAGCUGUUUAUUUUAUAUUAAAAUGAGCGCUGUGGUAAUACCAGUGCAUAUUCUUUUCUAUCAUUUUUUUUGUACCGUUGAACGGGGUUGGGAGUCUGGCUUUGGCCAGGCUGCACAGGACUCUUGCCUGGUUUCUUGCAAUCAGGUUCGGUCUCCGUGCUGGAUUUCCCCCAACUUCCUUGCGUGGCCCCCCUCCCCUCCUCCCCAUUUUCGUCGUCCUACACAAGGGGUGUGGGCCCCGAUGAGACGGCAGAGGUGCAUCCAAGCAGUCAAGGCCCUUGACAAACCGUUGGGACGGACAGAUAGGUACCACGGCCUCCCAUGGUACUGUCCCCUGGAGGGAUUAACCUCUUUUUCCUUCUGGGUGAUUUUGUUAGUGAACUCGUAUCUGUAGCAGUAAGUGCAGAGCCACCCACAGCUCAGGUACCUUCAAACCCCUUGCCAUUCACUCAGCUGCAAUAAAGAUGGCACUGCCAGUUGGCUGGCUGGUAUUUUAUCAGAUGCAAAUUCAAGCCACUCCCCUUUUGCUAAGCAAAAGCACCUAUCCAGAGCGUGCGGCAUUACUCCUAAGCUACAGCAGCGAAUCUUCUUCAGACUGGACCCUGCUACUUCCUACAGCGUUUCUCUGCUAAGUUGCAGAUUUAGAGAUGUUAACGCUUACUUUGGAAAGUUCUCCAGAUAUUUUGAUAUUUUUAACAGUUAUCCAUUCACCCAACUCUGUAUGUGCAAACUUUUGCUCCUGCAUACUUGUUACUGAAAUUACUACAUCCCCAACACCUUGCAGCUUUCAGCAGGCCACCUGAUCAGGUUUGACACUGGUGUAGGAAAUUUUAUUUUCUAAUUUUAAAGAGACCUACCUCAGGUUGCUGGUCCUGUGUUGUACGUUACCAUGGUUACUGUACACCAUCUGUGUUGUAAGGGACCUGUAGCCCAGACGGGCAUGGUCAGUCUUGUAAUAGCUGUUUCAAUUGGUCAGCACUGCAUGUUUGUUGGUUUGUUUUUUUGUCCAGGUGGACAUUUUAUAGCCUUAGCAUGUUUGCAAAUUGUCUUGUCAAGACACAUCUGCAAGUGAAUAAAGAUUAUUUUGGUUUUUGUAAA